AUGUCACAUCAAGAUUAAAUUGGUUAGAUUCACGAUUCCCGCUGCAAAAUUCACUAGACUGAGGAGAUCAAGGCCUUCUGUAAGAACGAUCUAUGCUCCAUAUGCUUCAAGUGCCUCCUUGGAGAGCAUCGUAAUCACGAUGUGGUCAUGCUUGAUGAAUUGAAAGUUGAUGACUUGAAAGAUAAGGUCAGUCAAUUCCAAGAUAAGGUAGAGGACCAAAUUAAUAAGCUUGGGAACAUCAGAGAAAAAGUCUCCUCUAUAAAAGAAAACUACGAUAAAAAAUUUAAUGAUCUGCAGAAUUAGUUCAAAGAGGUGGAGAACCUCUUCUUGAAUGGCUACUUUGAGCAAUAAACUCUGGGGGAUCUCAAAAAUAGCAAAUAGAAGUAAAAGGACAUUAUAACAAAGAUAACAAACAUUCUUGACAAUCUAGACAAGCUACGCAAGGAUGUUCAGUUCCUGAAAACUAAUUCAGCUGAGUUUGAGUUUUUCAGUUUCGAAAGUAUAAGGAGCUCUCUCGAGUAGAUCAGCAAAGACCUGAUAGGAGAGGAGCGAGAACUGAGGAAACUCUCAUGCAGGAUUGCAGAUUAUUCAAAUGUAAAUGUGGUCGAGAAGUACUCUGAACUCCUGCAAAACACCUUCAUACUCAAGAAAAGCUAUAGCUCUAGCAAGUUUGUACAUUAUUUCGAAUGGGGUACAAAAAAUAUCCACUUCUAUGAUGUUGAUAAAUAAGUGGCGCACAAGGUAAAUUUGCGAACUGAGUUUAAUAUUCCCAAAUUCUGUCGGACUGUGGUUACCGAUGAAGGCAGAGUCUUUUGUAUUGGAGGCAGACAUCAAGAUAAUGUCUGCUGUGACUGGAUGAUGGAAUAUAUAGAUACAAAGUAAUUGCUAAUUUACAGGUCACCCUUGCUAUUUAGAAGAUCAGAUUUUACUGCUCUGUACUCAGAAAGAGGACUGGUCUUUGUGAUUGGAGGAAAUGAUGCCAAAUCCUUCUACACAGCUUGUGAGAAGUAUGAUAUAUAAAACGAUACCUGGAGCAGGAUAGCUGAUCUAAAUGUCGCUAGGGAUUCAGCAGCUAGCUGCAUUUUUAAUAACAAAUAUAUCUACGUCUUCUCAGGCAGGACAAAGUUCGAUAAGAAAGAGAUUACAGAUACUAUUGAAAUGUAUGAUAUUGAUUUGAACCUGUGGAGACUAGUCAAUCUCCAUGCUAAGAGCACAUGGACUGCUUGUGAUCUAGCAAUGUGCAUGCCAAUCGAUAGCAAAACUAUUCUAAUAUUCGGAGGGUUCGAUAAAACAGUGAGGACCUAAGAGUGCUUCUAGUUCAAUGUGGAAAACAAUCAAAUGGAAAGAGACUCUUAUCUUCCAAAAGUGGGUUCAUUUUCAAAUUAUGUCUUCAACUACGAUGCGUUUUUGUAUGUUGUAGGUUGGAACAACUCAAAUAAAAACCUCUAUGUUUAUAAUAUAAUGGAGAGAACCUGGAAGUUAGAAACUAAGUUUGCGCUUUGA